AUGGUAAGCCUGUUUUGGUCAGGAACGUACAAAGCUGUGCAUUCCUAUUCAGAAUUUGACGUGCGCUUCACAACCUUAGAAGACACCAUGGCUGGAUGGAUCGUAAAUGAAUUGACCUUUUGUGGAAAUGGAAACUUGUCUCGGAAUACAACUGAUGGCAUUGACUACAAUUCCUGUCCAAAUUGGAGCAAGAAAUGCGAUUAUACGACGCCUUUUUGGGGUCAAGCUUCUAGCAUAUUUGCAGAGCAUGCCCGAGGGAUCGCACGAGUCAUGGUGAAUGGUUCCAGAGUUUCUCGAGAGGGAAAUCAUAUUCCAGCUUAUAAGAGAGACAGUUACAGUGAAAGGUGUGGGGAAGAUUCUAUCAAGCAGCUCCAGGAUGACGCAACAGACAUAGGAAUACCCGUCAGUUGUCAUGACGACCCGGAUGACGUGCGCCAUAUUUUGUGCGCUGAUCAUCCGCUCUCUCGUGAAUGUCUUUUUCUGGAGGAAGCUGGCUACAGGAACAGGACAAUAAUUCACUACAAAAAUUGCAGGAAUCCAAAAGGGUUUGCCACCUCUGUAAAAUCUUCACUGUUUUUGAUUACUGCUGGUAUCAUGGCUGCAGUUUUGAAUGCUGGAAAUUCCAAUUAACAAUGGAUUCGAUGGAACUCAAAUCAAAAUGGGAAAUAGUAGAUCAGGGCAAACACUAGAGGCGUGAAGAAAAGAAUUCGAACAGAUCUAGUUUGUGAUAGCCAAGGUGCUCACGUUGCUUAAGCAAAAAAAUGCACAUUCCCUUAUAUUUUAAAAAAUUAGAAACAUUUUAGUGGCAACUAUGACGUAGUAAGUAAGCCAGAUUUAACAAAUUGACAUCAGUUUUUCAUGCGUCUGUCCUGUUAUUGAUGAUGAAUUUCGUCAUAACAUU